ACAUCACCAUAAACAAAAACAAUGAUGACGUUACCAAAAAUUUGUUUUAAAACCCCAAAGCGGCCGUAAAAAUGCUCAGAACCGCUACUAAGCUUUCGCUACUAUGACCGCCUGUGUAUUAAUAACCAAUGUUUGCUGAACAACACGCACUUGCUCAAUGUAAGCACCUCCGCCUCUACCAUCGUCGCCGCCGUCGUCGCGACCACUCCGCGGAAUUAUUUUGUUUAUAGUUUGUUUUGCUUACACAAGUGCACUUACUCUACCUAUAUCUAAUACUUGGUACGACGCCACAACUGUUAUCUGACUGUCGCACGGGUCAGAGCCGCGACCGUAAAACCAGUUCUAGAAAUAGGCCAACACAACGCGGCCUCACCUCAUCAUCGUCAGCAAGGGGAAAGUGACGCGCCCCCGGGUGAACCCAAGGGCUCCAUAAAAUGUUAUCACACUCGGCUCACGUUAUGACGCUGGCCAACAGCAUCAUUGGUGUUGGCAUAUUGGCAAUGCCCUUCUGCUUCCAGAAGUGCGGCAUUGUGCUCUCCAUCAUUCUCCUGGUGCUGAGCAAUGUGAUAACCCGAGUCUGCUGCCACUACUUGAUAAAAACUUCACUGCUGACACGUCGCAAGAGCUUCGAGUUGCUCGGCCUUCACGCUUUCGGCGCUUCCGGCAAACUGCUGGUGGAGCUGUGCAUCAUCGGGUAUCUAAUUGGAACGUGCAUCACUUACUUCGUGGUUGUUGGAGAUCUCGGCCCGCAGAUAAUUGCCAAACUCUUCACUCUCAAUGUGGCGGAGCACAUGCACCUGCGAUCUCUGGUCAUGGUAGUGGUGACCGUGGUCUGUAUUGUGCCACUGGGCAUGCUGCGGAACGUGGAUAGCUUGUCGGCCGUGUGCACCGCUUCCAUUGGCUUCUAUGUGUGCCUCAUGCUGAAGAUUGUGCUCGAGGCGGAGAGCCACAUCUCGGCGAAUGACUGGACGGAAAAGGUGGUCUACUGGGAGCCGGCUGGCGUGCUCCAAUGCCUGCCUAUUUUCAGCAUGGCGCUAUCCUGCCAAAUGCAGCUGUUUGAGGUCUUCGAGAGUAUCAAUAACCAGAGUCUUGACAAGCUGAACGGCAUCGUCCGCAACGCCACUUGGAUCUGUACGCUUGUUUACAUAGCCGUCGGCUUCUUUGGCUAUGUGGCCUUUUGCACUCACACCUUUUCGGGCAACAUCUUGGUGAACUUGUCGACAUCCUUUGGCAGCGACAUUAUCAAAAUUGGCUUCGUGCUGUCGAUUGCCUUCAGCUUUCCCUUGGUUAUAUUUCCCUGCAGGGCCAGCAUCUACUCGCUGCUCUAUCGUAAAGGACACACGGAGAGCAGCAGCUACAUACCGGAACAACGUUUUCGCCUCAUUACAAUCUUUAUCGUUGUCUUCUCGCUGUGCGUGGCGCUGGUUAUACCCUCCGUUGAGCUGAUCAUUGGAUUGGUCGGCUCCACCAUUGGCGUGGCCAUUUGCAUAAUGUUUCCUGCUUCCAGUUUCCGCAAAAUCAUCAAAAAAGAGUCGAUGGAACGCACGCUGGCGCAGUUUAUCUUUGUCAGUGGCUUCCUGCUGAUGAUUUUGGGCACCUAUGCGAACUUGAGUGCCAUUGAUGAGAAAAGCUCUGGCCCAGAGCUAAAUGUCGUUCAAAUGGUGACGCCCCUAGCGCCGCUGCCCAUUGGCGAGCUGCCAAAGCAUUUGGCCAAAGAUCCCACCGAGCAUGAGAAAAGUUUGCUGUUGGAAAAGCUAGAAGCGCAGAAGCCAGACCCAAACAUAGACAACAUUGGAGAGAAGAUACUCGAGAAGCCAAAGGCUGUGCUUAGCUCUUCCUCGGACAACCCACCGAUGCCCCCACUGCCCAUUGAUGAGGCUCACGAAAAUGAACCACCCGUGUUGACUGAUGACAAAAAGUCUCCGGAAGUAAAAGUAUUGAACCCACCCGACCCACCAAAGCCGGAGAAUAGUAUUCCCAAUAACUUGACAGCCGUCAAGCCCAAGGAAAAUCCUUCCAUUGUCGUUGCGGAGGCCAAAAAAGAACCGACAAAGUUAGCAGCGAGUAACAUGAUAGACGGAGCCGCCAUCAAAAAGGAGGAGGAUGUGGCGGCAGAGGAGCAAAAGGAAAGCAAAGCAAGUGCCGACGAACUGCUCAAGACGCAGAAUGAACUGAAGGAGACCAAGAAACUGCUGGAACGUACCGUCGAUGAGCUGAAUGAGGAGCUGGCCAAACAGAAGCCCCUCGGCCAGCAAUCCGCUGAUGUCCAGGAAGUGCCCGAUGACUCGAAGAUCGUUAAGAAAUUGCAGAAAGAUGAAAUUAUUGCCAAGGAACCAAAGCCGAAGGCUUCUUUAAUUGAAAUUCUUACGGAAAAUACUCAUCUGCGCGACGAGAAGGAAGCGCAUGCUGGUGUCUACGAGCCGCUCUCCUACAAGACGGGGGAACUGCUCAAGAACACCAGUGUCGACACAGCAGCCCUGAUUAAACGAUUGCCCAUACCACUGGCGGUCAUGCUGCUGAACGCAACUCAGCCAAAGGCAAACAAUACCUCAGCCAACGACUCUGCUCUGCACAAGCCCAACAUUGAGGAUAACGUGGAGGCCAUACGCCGCGAGCUCCUGAACCUGAGGACACCCAGCGGGCCGACUGAUCAGCCUUUGAACAGAAUCAAGCGUGAGGUGGCCGACGACGAGAACUGUCUCCGCCAGCCCAAGCUAAACGAGUUGAACGGCAACCUGGCCGCCGCAAGCUUACAUUUGCAAUUGGAGAGCAUAGGGCGUGAUCUCAAGUCCAUCAAAGAUGAAGAUGAAGAGACCACCACAAGCCCCACAACUACUGUGAACGAAUCCCACGAACUCAGUCCCAACAGAACCCAAACCCCGCAGCACACGUAGCGUGCAAUUGUACAAGUUAUGGAAAGCUUUAUGUACAUAAACUUUUAACAUAUUUAUUUAGUUUGUAAGGGAACAAAGUGUAGAACCAGCAGAAGCCUUAAAGUAAUUUAAAAUACAAAUAGAAACGUCA